AUGCAACAUACACAAGCCCUAGCCACAGGUCUGUGGACUGGAGGGAUCAACAGUUCCACUACACCUGCGGCCAUGACCCAACAACCUAACAUCCUGUUCCCUUCUCCUUCAAAUGACCAAAUCCUCGCUAUGCUUGCUGCUAAUGCCAGAAGUACUGAACCCGUUGCUACCUCCCUGUAUACCAACUCCGUUUACUCAACCGGUCUCACGGAUCCAAAUUUCCUUCUCUCUGGAUAUCCUUUCAAUAGCGCCAUGACCUCCCCAACAACAGUUUCAACAAAUGGAUACAAUCCCACCGAGUUCCUCUCGCCGAUUUUCUCCACUCCGACCGGCACUGGAUUAACCUCGGCCGCUACCUCACAAGUCCGCUAUAAUCCUAGCGCAGUGGCUCUCAUGAAUGCCAUUCGACAAGCCGCUGCAGCCAACUCUUUGACUCUACCUCAACAGUCUGUUCCUCCAACAACUGCUAAUUUAGCACCGCCUAACCAAUCAUCCAUAUCGGAUUUUAAUGCGGUCUCUAAUUCUAGAAAGCGAGCAGCCAAUAAUGAUAAUGAUACUCAUGGCACAACACCAGCUAAAAGAGCAAACACCGGCGCAGAGGACGCUAACAGCGUUUCUAAUGUUGUGAGUCAGGCGGCAGCAACAGCAGUGACGAACACGUCUCAAAUAGCGAACACAUUGGCCUGGUUACAGCAUCAGCAACAAGCAACUCACUCGGGUCAAUUGGUACAGCAGCAACAAACUCAGUUACCAUCAUCACCAACCACCAUCCCGCUAACUCCAACAACGUCACCUGCCAUGGCAAUUCAGACGGCUGCUCUACUGCGGUUACAGCAGCAAGCGGCUCAACAACUUAUUCAACAGCAACAAGUUCAACAGAACUGGGCUGCGCUAUUUGCUCCCUAUGGAUUGAAUCCCCUCGCCUUUUACGACCAAUGUGAGUUUGUUCGAUUAACACGCGGAUACACUGCUGAUUGUCUAUCCAGAAUAUAG